ACGCGUCAAAAGCGGCGAAGAAGACAACAGACAUGGCGAUGUCCUGCACUGCACUCAUGCCGGUUCGGGCACUCGUCGCUUUAAGGAGAAAAACUCUUGAAAUUAAUAAAGACAUCUGGUCAAACUGGACUUUUGUAAGUCAGUAUAGGACUAAAACAGGUGUCAUCCAUAAACAUCGCCACUCUCCGCCGGAAACUGUUCACAAAGGUGGUCCUGAUCUUCUCCGAGAGUUUCCUCAACCUAAGAACCUCUUGUACACCACACUGUCCAAAUCCCUGGGUCUGUCCGAUCUGUCCGAGUACAUCCAGUACAGCUGCAGCGAUGGGGAGGUCAAGAGAGCAACAGUCACCCUCCAGUGGCCCGUGACGAUGGAGGCGGAGGGCUUUGGGUCUCGUAAGCUGGAGGCCGAGCGUCAAGCAGCAGCUGCUGCUCUGUGUAAACUCAGAGAGCUGGGAGUCCUUGGUCAAGGAAAGCAACCAUCCGUUAGAGGAAAGACGAGGCCGAAAGGGAGGCCGACAUCUGUCUGGGUAGAUGAAGAAGAAGAUGAUGAGUCUCUGCCUUUCCAGAAGAAAACACGGAAGGAACGAGCCCAAGGGCCAAUAGAAGAGGAUCCGACGGUGAACGAGGCACUCUCCAUGUUUCCAAAGCCGAGGGCACUUCUGGGUAGUGUCGUUCAGGUCGCCACAUCAUCCUGCAGAGUCAGAGAGCUGCUUCAGUACAGGACGACUGGUGGGACGGUGAAGACAUGCGAGUUGACCUUACGCUGGCCGGAGGAGAUGACCUUUACAGCUCACGGCCGGCGUAGACUGGAAGCGGAGUCUAAAGCAGCAGCACUGGCUUGUCUCCGGUUCAAGGAACUGAAGCUUCUGGACGAGCAGAACAACCCUCUGACUCACGCCAGGUACCAUCAGCAGGAGGUGCGUGAAGCAGGCGAGAGGCACAGGCGACCCUGCCGUGUCGAAAUACCCCAGGAUCUGGAACAGAGGAUUCAACAGUACCUCGCACAGCAUCCAGUGGAGGCUGAAGUUCAGAAGUUGUGGGAUGAAGAGGAGCAGCUGUCAGUUCAGUCGUCUUCCAUCAGCUCAGAUGAUGAUGAUGAGGACGACUUCAUUAAAGAUGUGAUUACUAAUAAGCCAUACCGCACUCUGCGCCCCGAGGAGGAGGACAGUCUCAGCGACCGGCUGCUCGGCCUGUGGGCGGGGGCGGGGCCUGGGCGAGGGGUGGAGCUUCCGGUGGACUCCUACAAAGAGAGCCUGCUCGCAGCGGUGAAGUCAUCACAGGUGGUCGUGAUCGCUGGAGAGACGGGCUGCGGGAAGACCACGCGGAUCCCACGCUUCCUGUUGGAGGGGCGCGUUAGGAGCGGAGACGGGGCCAAAUGCAACAUCCUGGUCACACAGCCUCGCCGCAUCAGUGCCGUGUCUGUGGCGCAGCGUGUGGCGCAGGAGAUGGGACCCGCCCUCCGCCAAUUUGUGGGAUACCAGGUGCGUCUCGAGUCUCGUCCUCCUGAGCGCAGCGGUGGCGCUCUGCUCUUCCUCACCGUCGGCGUCCUCCUGCGGAAACUACAGUCCAACCCCGGCCUCCAGGGCGUCAGCCACGUCGUGGUGGACGAGGUCCACGAGAGAGACGUCAACACCGACCUGCUCCUGGCCCUGCUGCACUCCGUCCUGAAGGAGAACCCAGAGCUGCGAGUGGUCCUGAUGAGCGCGACCGGAGACACUCGCCGGCUGGCUCAGUAUUUCGGCGGAUGCCCAGUGGUGCGUGUGCCUGGAUUCAUGCACCCGGUGCAGGCGAGGUACCUGGAGGAUGUGAUGAGCGAGAUGGGUCGACCGCUCCUGGAGAGGAGCAGGGAGAAGAGGAACGGGGCGGUACGUUCAGAUGAAGGCUGAAACACAUCAUCUGGUUUGCUUGUGUGGUUCACGCUGUAAGGAUUUGCUUUUAUUCUUCGUCUCAAGGAAGAAAAAGACGUGGCUCCUGAUCUUGAUCUGGUGGCUGAUGUGAUUGGCCAUAUUCACAGGUCUGGAGAGCCAGGCGCUGUGUUGUGUUUCCUCCCAGGAUGGCAAGACAUUAAACUCGUACAGCAGAAACUGGAGGAGAGAGCGGCGUACAGAUCAGGCUCACAGAUGAUUUUACCGUUGCACUCCAGUAUGGCUGUAGCGGAUCAGCAAGCUGUGUUCCAGCGCCCUCCGAAGGGCCUGCGGAAGAUCGUCCUGGCCACCAACAUCGCUGAGACGUCCAUCACCAUAGACGACAUCGUGCACGUGGUGGACGCCGGCUCUCAGAAAGAGCAGAACUACGACCCCAGAACAAAGGUCUCUGGUCUGAACACGGUCUGGAUUUCACAAGCAAACGUUACUCAGCGAAGAGGAAGAGCAGGCCGCUGCCAACCUGGACAUGCCUACCACCUCUACCCCCGAAAACAGCUGGACAGCAUGGACACGUUCCCCAUCCCUGAAAUCCUGCGCACCCCUCUGGAGAGCGUGGUCAUACAAGCCAAGAUCCACUGUCCAGACAGCAAAGCUGUGGACUUCCUGUCGCAAGUGCUCGACUCCCCAGACAGGCAGGCCGUGAAAGCUGCUGUGAAGAACCUAAUGGAAAUCGGCGUGCUGGACGGCUCGGAGAAUCUGACUCCGCUGGGACAGCGCGUGGCCUGCAUGUCCUGUGACCCGCGCUUGGGGAAAGUCUUGGUCCUCUCCGCUGUGUUUUCUUGCGUUCUUCCUAUUUUGUCUGUGGCAGCCUGUUUGACUCGAGACCCCUUCUAUAACAGCAUGCAGAACCGGGCCCUCGUCUCCAAGGCCAAGGCCGCCCUGAGUGGGUCCAGCUGCAGUGAUUAUCUGGUCUACAGUCGAGUUGUUCAGAAGUGGAAAGAGCAACAAGGCAAGGAGAAUAAACAGGACUUUCUGGACAAAUAUACUCUGUCUGGAGCCAGUCUGCGCUUUAUACAUGGCCUGAUGCAACAGUUCAGUGAGAACUUGUCUGAUGCUGGACUGUUGGCUCAUUCUGCUGAAUGUCUGCGUGUCUCGUCUCAUCUGAACCAGCACAGUCAGCAGGAGCAGUACUUAAAGCAGUGCUGGUUGCUGGCCUCUAUCCUAAACCUCAUACAGGUGAAAAGAGGCACAGUGACCAAAGGUGGGAGAUUUCGUCCUGAAAGUCUCUGCUACCGGACGGAGAGCACCCCUGUGCUGCUGCACCGCUCCUCCGUCAACAGGGGAAAUCAGAAUCUCCCGAGUCGCUGGCUCACCUUCUUCUCUGCUAUGAAAUCAAAUGAUCAAGUGUUCAUCAGAGACUCUUCGGUGGUUCAUCCACUAGCGCUGUUGCUCCUCACAGACUGUGACCUCAGCGAGAGAGUUCUGGGAGAUCGGGUAGAGGUGGCAUUACCAGGUCAUACACUCAUACGAUGGGAGUUCCCUCAAGUCUGGGAGUUGCUGUGGGACCUGCGCACUUCCCUACAGGCCAUGAUCCACCGCAAUCUUCGACCGUCUGAAUGUGCAUCCAGCUCGGACAGCCGGAAGGACAGUGAGCUUAUUGGCUUAUUAGUGGACCUUCUGAAUAACACCGACUCAGAAGCUAGCAGUGAUCAGGAGGACUUCAGUCUGAACUCCACAGACGACGUUAAGGCUGACAGUUUUUAAUGGACACGUGGUACUGUAAAUUAUUUGAGAAAGAUGUUUUUCCAUUCCAGGCAAACAGCUGUGCAUAUGAAGACGGUCUGAGUAAAGACUGUGUAGUACGAAUCAAACUCUCUCCUGUCAGAACACAAUCAUACGGGUCACGUCGGGGCAUGUUGACUCAAACUGCUUGAAUAGCACUAAUUUAAGUAAUUUAUUGAAGUUAAAAGAACAGUGACAUUUCUCACUAGUAUACUAUGUAAAACAUGUUUGCACAAAGGUCUUUUCAUGAAGAUUAAAAGCUGAGUGUUGUAACUAUGUAGAAAUGUAUGAUGCUAUAAGAUUGCACCGUACCAAAUUAAAAAGACCCUAUACA